UCUUAAGAAACAUGUUGCGCGCCGUUGGCGUUUUGGUCAUUUACCUUCUCUUUGGCAUCGCAACCAGCAACAACAUCAAACCUCCGCUACCGAGUUACGUCAACGUUUGUAAACGUUUCGAUCCGGAGAUAGCAAAAUGUUGGAAAAAAACGUUUGAAGGACUAAUUCCGCAUUUAGUGAAAGGGAUCCCGGAGUUUAAAGUGCCGCCGAUCGAACCCUUUUUCAUCGACAAUCUUCAAUUAAAUUUAGGCAAUGGAACUACGAUACGUUUCGUUGCCGAUUUAACGAAUGUGACCUGUUUUGGUAUCCAAGAUGUGAAAGUCGUCUCCGUUGAACCAAAUUAUAAAACUUUAACGAUUAAACUCGACUUGAUAUUCUCAAAAUUAGUCAUGAAAGCUCUUUAUAAAGCGAAUGGGAGGAUAUUGUUGUUUAGAUUUGAUAGUGCGGGAAAUUUUGACGGGGAAUUUAAACAAGUUUAUGUUAAAGCAUUCUAUCAACUUGAAACGUACGAAAAGGAUAAAAUUGAACAUAUUAGAAUAAAACAUUCAACGCACGAUGUGGAUGUGAAGAGUAUGUCUUUGUAUUUGCACAAUUUGUUUAAGAAUAACCCGGAAAUAACGGCGAGCGUUAAUAGGGUUAUAAACGACAACAUCCAUAUACUUUACAAGGAUUUUAAGCCUUUAUUACAAAGGACUAUUGGUGGGAUUAUCACGGAUUACGCUAAUAGAGCGUAUUCCCAGUAUUCUUUUAACACGCUUCUUCCAAUUAAUUAAUCUUAAUUAGUGUUUUAAUUAUUUUUUUUUUAAUAUAUUGUAUAUUACAAUAUCACAAAAUUAA